AGCGCUAAACAUGACCGACAUGACUCGAUGCGGUUUAACUAUCGCAUUAUCGACAGCACGGCAGUCGUUUCAUGGCUAAACGAUUAGCCGACUCACUUGUGACUAGCCCAGCUAAUCGCGUUCGGUAGGAGGAUUCAUCUCGUCGAACAAUCGACGAUGUUUUCCGCAUAUCCACACCAGAACGUGUCCGAUUCCAACCAAAAACAAGUGCGUGCGGUAUGAUGGUGUCAUGAUUCGCGAAAUUAUGGGUAAAACCCACAAGAACAAUCAAAUAUCGUAUGACAAAGGAACUCAGUGUGCAAUUAGCAUUUUUCCACGAAUAGGAAUUUAUUAAAGUUUUUUAGUGUAUUAACUCGCCUAGAAGCUUUUUACAAACCAAACAAAAAACAAUGGAGUCGAGUGGUUUGCUUGGACACGAUUACACCGAGAUUUACAGUCGCGUGCCUUACAGAUUGCAGUUUGCCUAUGGAGUUGGACAUGUGCUCAAUGAUGUGUGUGCUUCCAUGUGGUUCACCUAUCUGCUGGUGUUUUUUCACUUGGUUCUACAGUUUAGUAACUGGCAAGCUGGGUUUGUUUUACUAGUAGGACAAAUAGCAGAUGGUUUAGCUACGCCAUUCGUUGGAUACCAAUCCGACCAAACAGAGAAUUCAUGGCUGUGUCGUUAUGGCCGGCGGAAAACCUGGCAUCUCAUUGGAACAAUCUGUGUGAUUUUUAGUUUUCCUUUUAUUUUCGCCCCGUGUCCAUCUUGUGAAUCCUCAUCGAAGUCAUCACUCCUUUUUUACUAUUGUAUGUUUGUUGUUAUAUUCCAAUUCGGUUGGGCUGCCGUCCAAAUAUCACACUUGUCUCUCAUACCAGAGAUAACUCCGAAUGAACAUGAUCGUACAAAAUUGACUGCCAUUCGUUACGGUUUCACUGUUUUAUCAAACGUGAUGGUUUAUGUGAUAACAUGGUUUGCAUUGCAUAUAGAAGACAGUAGUAAUGCAUCUAAGAUUGGUCCGGAUGACUCCUGGAAGUUCCAACAAGUUGUAUGGAGUGGUCUUGGCAUUGGUGUCGUGGCAUCUGUUAUAUUUCACAUAGGAGUUAAAGAAACUAACUCAGGGAAUGAUGUGCGUAGUGGGCAGCAACGCGUGAGCGUUGGUAAUCUUCUGUGCAGUGUGGAAGUUUAUCAAGUUGCGGUGGUUUACAUGUCGACGCGGCUGUUUGUUAAUUUGAGUCAGAUUUUUAUUCCGUUGUAUCUGCAUGAAACGCUGGAUAUGGCUGCAAGUGCUUUGGCGUUGAUUCCGUUGGUUAUGUUUGUUGGAAGUUUUCUUACUUCGUUUGUUAUUGAAGGAUUAAACAGAGGAUUAGGAAGAAGAAUGUCAUAUUUAUUGGGAUGCCUUCUGGGUGUAAUAGCUUGUGUUUGGAUACAAUUCCGAGCUGGGCAUGACUUCAUAACGUAUGAAAUUUAUGCUGUUGCUGUACUUUUCGGUGUUGGUGGUUCGAUUAUCCUUGUGACAAGCCUGGGCAUUACAGCGGAUUUGAUUGGUGAUAAAACAGGCAGCGGAGCGUUUGUUUACGGAAUUAUGAGUUUCUGUGAUAAGUUUGCUAAUGGUAUUGCAGUUAUUAUUAUUCAAGACUUGCACAGCACAACAGAUAAAAAUUAUUACCGCGAUGUGAUAACUUAUUCCUGCGGUGGAGCAGCCCUCCUUGGAGCACUUGCUGUGAUAUCAUUAAUGAAUAGAAUUAGAGGUAGAUCAGCGAGAAGGGUACGACUCAAUCCCAGGCGACUCCAGUAUUAAUCCGGACUUUGCUAAUGACACUUCGCCUCAGACGGCACUUAUUUCAUGACUUAAUUCCUCCUACUUCACGCACAAUUUGAAGUUUAGACAAUUGUAUGUAAAUAUGAAGUAUUUAUCUUAUUUAUCAACUCUGAAAGAGAAAGAAUACUUUGCUUUGAGCAAAUUGUACUAAAAUACGUGCAAUACCAUUCCAUGAGAUAAUAUAUAUUUAUAUUUUUAAACUUUAAAUAA